AUGGUACUCACCGGCAGAGAAAGUUUGUCUCGAUUGAUCGGAAAACGCCGCCGUUUCCUCCCCAAUCGUCACUCUAUUCUCUCCGAUCCCAUUCCAAACCCUAACCACCAACUCUCACAACAACAACAACCUACCACACCCGGUGACGGUGACGGUGACAACCCCCAAAACGACGCCGUACAGUGUCCCGUUUGUUCCCUCACACUUCCCUCCGAUAAUCACCGCAUCAACACUCAUCUCGAUUCGUGUCUCUCUCAACCUAAACUAAGCGGAACAAAACGGAAACUCACUCAGCGGACUCUACUUCAGUUAAACUUCACUCGCCCUGAUCCACACGCGCCGGAUUACAUGCUUCCAAAAAAAUUGCAGUUCACUGAAAGUCCCAUUGCUGUUAAGGAUUCUGCAGUUAUUACAACUGCAUCUUCGCCGUCCGAAUUGAACGUUAUCGACACUGACCAUCAUGAUAUUGUUGACAAUGUUGAUGAUGAAUGUGACAUUUUUGAAGUAAAGCUUGAAACUUUGAUUGUGGGUAGGAGAUAUGCUGGUCGAGAGGAAGUACGUGCUGGUGAUAUGGUCUCUCUUUCAAGAGACUCGCAGAAUGUUAAGGAUCCAAAUGCCAUCAAGGUUGUUUCUGAAGAUUCCGGUGGGUGUUCUAAAUUUCUAGGUUAUCUCCCUCGCGAGCUGGCACAGUAUCUAUCUCCUAUAAUUGACAACUAUGACAUUGUAUUUCAGGGACAUGUCACUUCUGUUCCUAAACAUUCUCGUGAUGCAGUUCCAAUUCAGAUUAUGUGCCACAGAACACCAGCUGGGGAAAGAAAGUAUGAAGAUGAGACUUUUAAAUGUUUAUGGAAAAAUGCUCAGCAUGUCGUUGAAUCUGCUAUCAAGAAUCCUUCAUCUGUGACGUACCAGCUGAAUUUUUGUCUUAUGAUACAAGAGACCUUAAAAAAUAAUAUUCACCUUCUAACAGAAGCUGAAAAAACCUAUAUCGAAUCAUUCACUUCACUCUCAAAUGAUAGUCAGAGACUUUUUAUUCGGAUAUACACUAGAAAAGGACCUUGGUUUCACAUAUCUAGUAUAUCGUAUCCUGAAAUAUUGGAUACUCAAAAGGCAGUCAAGGAACUUGCGGAGAAAGAAUACAUAUGCACUGUUGAAGAUAGAAAUCAACUAUGUGAAAGUGAUAUGAAUGAUAUAUUAGAUGUGCUCACCGUCUCUGAGCUGCGUGAAAUUUUGUCUUUCUUGCUUAAAAAGAGUUGCGGUCACGGGAUGAAGAAGCAAGAUCUCAUUUCAUCUAUUCUUUCUACAUCUGCAGGAUUAUGGCCACAUCUGUCAAAUAUGAUUUUAGAUAAAACUGGUUUCUGUAUCAAGAUUUCUUCAAAAGCUGAAUCUCUUCUCUGGCGUAUCGAGAGACUUUUCUUCUUAAAUGGAGAACAGGAUCUCUCGUCCUUUCUACUAGUUGAUAUAGGAAAAAUCAAAUAUCCAACUUAUACCUGCGCAAUAUCGGAACCAAUAUUCUCGAAUCGCAUGGAUCUUCUUGCAUUUGAAGAGGCCAUUGAAGUGGCACAAGUUAUGGAUGAGGCUCUUGAUGCAAACAAAACUGAUAUUGUAUUGAGGUGCAUAAAGAUUGCUGAAUCCCGUGUAUCUGCUGUGUUGCCCAUCCCGUACUCGACUUCUAAAUUAGUAUCUACAUUCCAUCACUUAUUUACAGCAUCAUGGGUAUACUCCAAAGUGGUUACGUUAGGGAUUUCUUUUCUUGAGCAGGAGCGCAGGUACAGUGAUGCAAUCGACUUACUUAAGCGGCUGCAAAAUGUUUUCACUUGUGAUGUAAAAAGAGGAUACUGGGCACUGAGAUUAUCUGUUGACUUGGAGCAUCUAGGUUACAUAAAUGAGAGCCUUCAAGUGGCUGAAAACGCGUUGCUGGAUCCAUGGGUACGAGCUGGUUCGAAAAUGGCAUUGCAAAGACGUGUUCUUCGCUUAGGAAAACCACCAAGACGGUGGAAAGUUCCAAGUUUUUCUAAAUCUGUACUGCGAAAGAUCCCUGAGGUUUACGUUCAAGGGAGACCUUUGAAUUCUGAAUUGGGAGCAAAAAACAGGUUUUACAAUGAAGAAGGUAUGCAAUGCGGAGUGGAAGAGCUUGCUUUGGAUUAUUACGCCACCGAGGGAUGGCAAGGUGUUCAUACAGAGAGUGGCAUAUGGUUAACUAUUUUCGGGCUUCUUAUGUGGGAUGUAAUAUAUGCCGAUGUGCCUAAUGUCUUCCAUACUAGAUUUCAGAAUGCUCCUUUGGAUUUGGGUACCGACAGCUUUUAUACCGCACGAGAGAGUAUCAUAGAAUCCCAUUUGCAGCAAAUUCAGGAUGGCAUGGCUGAGGAGUUUCUUAUCAAGUCAUGGGAAACACAUAACGGGACAUCAUGUAGAGGAGUUAAUUGGGACCGCCAUUCUUUAGACGAGCUUCGUGCUGCUGUUACUUGUGUUAGGGGCUCUUGUUUGGCAUCUUUCUGCAAACUUCUUUGUGAAGACUACAGAAGCUGGUCUAGCGGAAUGCCUGAUUUGCUGCUAUGGCGUUUCUGUGGAGAAUACAGCGGGGAAGCUAAGGUUGUUGAAGUGAAAGGUCCCACGGAUCGACUCUCGGAACAGCAGCGAGCAUGGCUAUUGAUGCUUAUGGAUUGUGGAUUCACGAUCGAGGUUUGUAAAGUGAAACCUUUGUAG